UGCAACUGAACCAAGUUCCAUGGCAAGGUUCACUAGUAACGUACAGCAAAAUCAUUUGAACAGUGAUUCAAAACUACUGAGGCACAAAGCAAAGUACCAAGGCACAAUUCUGCUUCUUCCUCAGGCUUUCAAAGCAUCUCCCAGCAUGGACGGAGCUUUCGUGGGCACUUGGAGACCUCAUCGCCCACGGGGCCUCAUCUCGGCCCAGUUCACCAGCCCUGGACCCAAAUACUCAGUCCAGGGGACAACGGGUUACAUCAACCACAACCCCACCAAAGUCAAAGCCCCCGCGUACACCUGCCGAGGGGCAAAAGCUCCUGCGGAAGGCGGCUGCUCCCCAGGCCCUCGCUAUUACGUGGAGCCCUCCAUGACCAGGACUGGGAAGUACGUGGCUCCAGCCUACGCCAUCACUGGACUUCCCAGGAUAAAGACGGAGAUCACACCUGGACCCAGCGAUUACAGCCCGGAGAAGUCCAACCGACACAUCUUUAAGUGCCCGCCUGAGCCAUCCAUGGCCUUCCGGAACAGGGGAGUCAAAACCGACUUCACUCCAGGUCCCGGCACCUACACCUUGCCCAGGGUGCUGGGCCCCAACACGGCGCACACGCCUGCCAGCCCGUGCUACUCCAUGAAGAGCAGGAGUCAGCGGGAUCGCUACGACGCUGAUCUCGCCAAGACCCCAGGCCCUGCGGCGCUCCCAAAGAUCGAGCUGGACGUUUUCAAAACCAGAGCUCCUGGGUACACCAUGGGAACCCGAACUCAGCUCCGAGACAAGACGGUCAAACCGGGGCCGGCGGAUUACCGCACGGGAAGGGUGGAGCUGAUCAAGCCCCAGGCGCCUGCAGCCACGUUUGGACUGCGCCAUUCCGUGUAA